AAAAAUGAGUAGUGCUGUGAAGUAUAUGUAAAGGAGUAUCAUUGUGAUGUUACAGUACUGUGUACAGUUUGAAAGUACAGUAUUUGAAAAAGAACAUAACCAAUGACAUCUUGUGGUGGCAUUUUUUACAGAAUGGUUGGGCUACCUCCUCGAGGUGGAAGGGAACGUCUCUUUACUCAAGAACAAGAGCUUGCCAUCGUUCAAAUGGUGCAAGAAAAUAACGCAAUCCGACUUCGUGAGUUGCAACAGCGCAUAAUUGCAGAUAGAAUGGUAUUCAACAAUAUCAACAGGGUCAGCAUUUCUACAAUAAGUCGCAUCCUACAGAAACAUAACUUCAGAAUGAAGCAGCUGUACAGGGUGCCAUUUGAGAGGAACAGUGUCAGGGUCAAGGAUCUGCGCCAUGAUUAUGUGCAGACAGUUUUGGAUUUUGAUGCCGCCGAACAGCCACAUGAGUUCAUCUAUGUGCAUGAGGCAGGCUUUAAUCUGGCCAAAACCAGGCGUCGAGGCCGUAACAUAGUUGGACAAAGGGCUGUUGUAAAUGUCCCUGGGCAACGUGGGGGAAAUAUCACCCUGUGUGCUGCAAUUAGUGUCCAAGGAGUCCUGCAUCAUCAUGCCACUCUAGGUCCCUACAAUACAGGACAGAUCAUUGUAUUUCUAGAUGCACUACAUGCAGUUGUACAGGACAAACCACAGCAGCCCAGGUUUGUUGUCAUCUGGGAUAAUGUUAGUUUCCACCGGGCUGCUCUGGUCCAAAAUUGGUUCACCAACCAUAACAAUUUUACACCUUUAUACCUGCCCCCUUACAGCCCCUUUCUAAAUGCAAUCGAGGAAUUAUUUUCAGCAUGGCAGUGGAAAGUCUAUGAUCUGCAACCACACGCCCGCAUGCCUCUUCUGCAAGCAAUGGAAGAGGCAUGUGGAGACAUUGAGGUGGGAUCCAUCCAAGGGUGGAUUAGGCACACAAGACGAUAUUUUCCCCGAUGCCUAGCCCGCGAGGACAUCGCCUGUGAUGUCGACGAGGUCUUGUGGCCAGAUCCAAACAGAAGGCGGGAUCCAUAA